CAGACAGUACUAUCUGUCUGAUUAUAUAUUACAAAAACGUCGUGUUUAUCAAUUUACAAGAUAAGAAAAAAUAGAAUCGACUGGUUUAUAAAACGUGAAAUUUAUAAUGCAUUCCAUCGUCGCAAAAUCGCUUGCAAUUCAACACUGCCGAAGUUUUUGUGUUCAUUCCCACAAAAUCCAAAAAACGAGACGUUCGAGGAAAUAUAUAAAAUAUGGACAAUUUCAAGAGGACAGUUGGAAGGUACAAAUUGCUAAAAAGGUGACAGAAAAGGUUGUGGAUAAUGUGAUAAAUAUACGAUUUAUUGCCGGUGCCUUCUUUGUUUAUUAUGGAUACAAACUGAACAAGGGAUAUCAAGAAUGGAAGCAAAGCUUACCGAGUUUCAAAAAAGUCUACGGUGUUCUUCCUGAUAAAGAAUCCUUUUCCAAAUGCAAGAAAUCUUUUAAUAAUAUGAAAGAUACAAAAAUUCAAGUAUGGACAGACAGUAUGACAAAUAUCUACAGCAAAUUACCAAAUAGGGAAUCUUUUACAAGAUACAAGGACUCGUUGAAACAUUUGACAAACACAAGUUAUACCAAAAUCAAGGAAAAUAUGCCAAAUCCUAAAACGUUGUACGAAAAGAUUCCGGGGCAGAAAGAGUUUGAUAAAUGCAAAAAAUAUGCAUACAAAGUUAAAGAUUCAGUACAAAAUUAUGUUACAAGAAACUCAAAGAAGGAUGAAUGAUCGUGAUUUAAGAUGUGUACCAGAACAGGG